AUGGAGAAAGGAUGGACAUAUGGAAUUAUUUAUUUAUUCAUCCAGAUACAUCUUGUCUGGGGUCUCUUCAAAGUGACAUUUGAUGGAAAAAAAGUCUUCUAUGCUUCUCCUGGCAUGGAUGUGGACUUGAUAUGUCUGACUCAGAAGAGAGCCUCUUUGGUGCAGACGCAAUGGUCUAAGAUCACCAAUAGCACAGAAAUGAUAGCUCUCUACCACCCUCAGCAUGGCUAUCAUUGCAAUGCUAGGGUUGCCUGCAGCUCCUUAGUAACAUUCACUGAAAUGUCUCCAGAGCUUUCAGAAUGGACUUUGCACUUGAGAAACGUGUCUGCAGCAGCAAAUGGGAAAUAUGAAUGUAGCUUUACUUUGUUUCCAGAUGGCAUUUGUACAAAGGUGCUGAAUUUCCUUGUACAGACCGAAGUUGCACAAGAGGAGAGGGGAGGCAACUAUACAGCAGAAGUAUUAUUCAACCACACCCUGGAAAUCCCAUGCUUUCCAAAUAUAUCUUCAGUAGUUUCAUCUGGAAUUACUUUUGGCUGGCUAAUGGAAGAAAAUGGAAUUCAAGAAACUCUUAUUCAAAAUGACACUUUUCCAAAGAAUAGAAUCAUCCUACGUAAAGACCAUGGAAUCUAUCUAUCACCAAUUGAAAUUCUUGACAAUGACAGAAAGUUUUCCUGCCAUGUUACAAUCCAAUCUGGCAAAAUCCUGAAGAAUGUUACCAGAAUUAAAGUUUUUGCUAAACCAGACAUCUCUAUGGAUAUGCAGAGCAACUCCACUGAUAUCUUGGAAGAGCUGACAGCUUUAGAUGUGACUACUUCUGGCAUAGACAUUAUCACUGGAAAGAGAAAAAGCGAUGAAGGCUUUUAUGAACUAACAUCUAUGUUAAGGAUGCUGAAGCCUAACCAGCCAAUUGUACCCAAUAAUUUGACAAUUUGGUGCAUGACUCUAUUUCCUGUCCCUGGAAAUGAAGUGUGGAACAUUUCAUCCAGAAAAAUAACUUUUUCCUUUGGUUAUGUGAAUACUCCAACAGAUUCAUCCAGUUUCACAGAAUCUACCUUCUCUGCCUUUACAUCUUCCCUCAGCAGCACAGGCACAACAGCAGGUUACAGGAAUACUCCAACACAUCCAUCCAAUAUCACAGCAUCUGAUAUCUCCAUCACUACACCUUUUCUCAGCAGCACAGACACAGCAGCUGACCAGUUCAAUUCCAGUACAAUUACACAAAGCUACCCAGACCAUAGCAAGAAGGAAAUAAAACCAACAGAUUUGUGGGCAUCCACUUUGACCUACAAUUCAACUCCUUCAAAAGCAAGCACAACAUUGAAUGGUACGGUGCCUAAUAAGCCCGAAGGUGGAAUGUCCUGGCCCGUGAUUGUGGCAAGUCUGCUUUUUAUCUGCCUCUUUCUAUUUGGUCUUGGAAUAAGAAAAUGGUGUCAGUACUUGAAGGAAAUCAUGGAGAGACCACCGCCAUUCAAGCCUCCCCCGCCACCAAUCAAGUACACUUGCAUCGGAGAAGCAGUUGGAGGUGAUUUGCCCUGCCAUGAGAUGGAAACUCUCUAA